AUGUGUUUCGGGGUUUCUUCGCCUUCCAGCCCUCGAUCGAAACCCCGCGGUAAAUCUAAACGACAUGAAUCCGCUGCUGUCAACACUACUACUCUUGCUGUUGAAGAGCAUUCGAGCACAGACCUUCUGAACAGAUACAGUAGCUUUAGCAAGGAUGAGUUGAGUGCUACGGAAGCCGGCCUGAACCAUAUGGUUGAAGAGUCUCCUCAUGAGGACCCAAAAUCUGAGGAAUCGACUGGCAACAAGAUAAUGGUGGUUGUGGACUCGAGCCUGGAAGCUAAGGGAGCUCUUGAAUGGGCACUAUCCCACACUGCACAAACCCAUGAUACCAUUUUGCUUCUUCAUCUAGCUAAUGCUGCAGACACAAAUGAGAAGUUUGAUGGUAUAAAGGCAUUUGAACUUCUCCACAGUUUGAAAAAUCUAUGUCAAAUCAGCAAGCCUGGGGUGCUAGUGGAGGUUGCAUUGGUUGAAGCUGAAGAAGGGAAGGAAAAGGGGCAGCUGAUAGUGGAAGAAGCAAAGAGACAAAGGGUGUCUCUACUUGUUCUUGGGCAAGAAAGAAAGAGGUCGACAUGGUGGCAGCUAAGUUGUAGUGGCGGUGGAGGUGAAGGCGUUGGCGAGGUUGUGGUGGAGUACUGCAUACAAAAUGCUGCUUGCAUGACGGUUGCAGUGAGGAAAAAGAACAGCAACGGCGGAGGCUACUUGAUCAGCACCAAACUUCACAAGAAUUUCUGGCUUCUAGCUUGA